AUGGCUGCUCUUUCAUUGGACCUUUUUAAUACAGAUUCAUAUAUUCACAACAGCCACAUGGAAGAAGAGAACUAAGAUGAGUUUUGUUUUUAAUCCCACUAAGAAUAUACUAAAUAGCCCACCACUACAACAAAACAAGAAACAGUCACAAUUAAAGAGGCUGAUAUCAAGUAUAAGAAUCUCCCGAAGAUGAUUGGUAAUAACUUGGUGAAAUGGCUUAAAAAAAAAUACCCUGAUUAAUCUAAAAUUCCAAAAGGACUUAGUAAAAUUGUAGAAAUGAGAGAAAAUGAGAAAUAAUCCAAUAUCAAAAUUAAAGACUUAAGAGAAUCUGUCAUUUCCGAUGAGGAUUCAAAAGUAGUAUUUCAAGAAUACAUAUCUGAUCAACUAUUCUUGGAUUUAUUGUCUAGUAAUAAAGUUGCUGAUCCAUUUUCCUAUAUACCAGGUAUCAGCAAUUACUUUUCUGCUGCUAAUGAGCCAGAGAAAAUGAAAGGCAACUACAUGAUGAGAAGCCUAUUCAUCAGCCAAUGA